AUGUCUGGAAAAGAACAGGUUAUUGAACUUGGUGAUUUUGGUAAUGACAUAGACGACGAAGAUGCAGCAGAAUUUAGUAAUGAGUUAGAAAAGUUGAAGACAAAGCUUGAUCAAGAUGACUCAGAAUCAGCUUCACCUGAUACGCCGUCCACUCCAGUCAAAAUUAGUGUCACUGAAAGCAGUCCAACUAAUUCACUCGUGUGCGAUAAGUCUGGGAAAAGCACGACUCAGAAGUCUGAAAAAGCGAAGGAUUUAGAGAAAACUAAUACAGAUGAUAUUAUAAAACAACUAGUUAGUAAUCAGGGUAAUGGAUCAGCGAAACAACUUAAACCACCAGAGUCCAAACCAGGAGCUGUUUGUUUCAACUAUCCUAAUACAGAUCUGACUCAUUUGGAUGUGAAAGAGGCAGUUGAAAAAUAUCUACAGUCUCAGCCUGAUAUUAUGAUAGAGAAGAUUGAAUUUCAACCACGUUGCAAACUUAUGUUACCACCUGAUAAAGUUGAGACCAAUAUUUGUCGUUGGGUCAUCACGGUAGAUUCUGACUGGGGGCGUAAACGUUUAAAUAAUAGAGAAUUUUCUAUACGUGAUAUCAGCAUUGUGCUGAAGAACUAUGACGAAAUUGUUGCUCUGGAAUUUAGGCAAUUUGGACGGAUGGCUCAAAUCAUGAAUCUUAUAAAUAGAAAAUGA